UCCACCCACCCACCCACGUUGCUUCAAAACUUGGUCGACCAAUUCCAAGUAGUUAUCACUUGCCACUUUCCACAUGUAAAUGUAUGUUCUAGUAUAUCUAUUAUCUUCAUCUCCAAGUCUCCAUUAAUCCUUAUUAGCCUCCUCCUCACGCUUCUUUCUCUCAUUAUUCAUAAUUUUCUCUCUUCACUCCUUGUGCUUCAAUACUACUCCUCUGCUCUACUAUUUAAGUCCUCGUGUUAAUAUUCUGCCUAUCUAGCUUCUGUUCUCUAAGCUUUUUUGUCAUAAAUUUUAACAUUAUUGAUCAAUUAGCUCUUUUGACAUUUGGGAUCUUUUAUUUUGGUCUUUAUGACCCAGGUACCUGUUCCAUUCAUUUUGUUAUCUUAAUUGCAUUCAACAUUUUCAUCUACAGAGUUCUUGAGAAAUUACAAUGGCAAUUGAGCUGUGUUCAUCUGAUGAGUCUAGUUUGGGCAUAAUGAGUCCAGCUCGUAUCUCCUUUGAUAUUUCACAGACAGGCUCUAGCUCUGUUCCUGUUGAACAAUAUAUUCGGUCCACUUCACCUUCCUCUAGCAUUGAUUUCGAUUUUUGUGUCUUUCGCGAAAGCUUCGAUCUUGAAUCUUCUUGUGCUGAUGAACUUUUCUUUGAUGGAAAGAUUCUUCCAAUAGAAAUCAAGAGAAGAAUUUCCUCAGUACCACCCAAAAAAAUAGAACAACCACUGCCACCACAAGCUUCAUGCAAAAAUAGUAACACUAGCAAGACUCUCCAUUGUUGCAAAACGGCGAAAAAUGAAGACGCGAACCAAAAUAAAACAGGUGUUCUUGAAUCAUCAGAUACAAAAACAACAACAUAUCCAGUGAAAUCCCACAAAGUGGGAUCUCGGGAGGAUAAAGUAUACACAGACCUUACCCCUAUCUCGGGAGGCAGAGAGGUUAUUUCCAGUAGACCCUCGGUUCUUGAAUCAUCGGAUGAAAAGCAGAAUUCCAAGUCAUUUUGGAGAUUCAAUAGAAGUAGUAGCUUAAAUUGUGGAAGCGGUUAUGCAAGAACUUUAUGUCCAUUACCACUUUUAUCAAGAAGCAAUUCAACUGGUUCAACUCCAAGUGUGAAGCGUAAUUCGUCAACAUUAUCAAAGGAUAAUUUAAGUCACAAGCAUCAUUCAAAUUCUCAGAGACACUUUUCAAAAUCAAUGUCAUCUAAUGGUCAUAAUUGUCAAAAGCCUCCAUUGAAGAAUAAAGUUCCUGGUAAUCCAUACAGCAAUGGUGUUAAGUUCAGCCCAGUACUAAAUGUACCUCCAGCAAAUUUGUUUGGAUUAAGUUCUUUCUUUUCAAGUAGCAAGGAAAAGAACAAGAAGAAGUGAUUGAUUAAAGAAUAACAUUGCUUUAUUAGUUUCCAAAAUAAGUAAAGUUUGAAAGGUGUGAUUAA